AUGCUGCCCGCGGCCGGUCCCAGCCCCGGGCAGACCUGCGGGGCCGUGCUCGUCGCCGCCGUGCUCCUGCAGUCCGUCUGCGUGGCCGUCACCUUCCUCUACUUCACCAACGAGCUCAAACAGCUCCGGGACACGUACUCCAAGAGUGGCAUUGCUUGUCUCACCGGGGAGGAAAUCGGAAAUUUCAUCCAAAACUUGGAUCUAAUCGAAAGCGAAGACAGAGCGGCUGAUCCCUGCUGGCAAGUAAAGUGGCACCUGGGAAAGUUAAUUAAAAAGAUGAUGUCAAGAAGCUACGAGGAAAACAUAUCUGCAAUCAACGCUGAAAGAGCCCCGACGCUGUCGCACUCCGAUGGGCAGCAACCGCGCAGUCCCGUCAACAGGAUCGCGGCCCAUCUGACGGGCAACAGCAAUAGGAAGAAUUCCCUGUCCCCACGCACAGAUUCCUCGCCCAGAAGAGGGAACGGACAAAAAAUAAACAACUGGGAAUCGUCAAGGAAAGGCCAUUCUUUCCUUUACAACGUGGAGCUGAGAAACGGCGAGUUAGUGAUACCCCAAACGGGCUUUUAUUACAUCUACUCACAAACUUAUUUUCGUUUCCGUGAAAAUGAGGACGAGGAUUCAGAUUUGUUGGCACAAAUCAGGAACCCCAAACAGCUUGUCCAAUACGUUUACAAACUGACGAAUUACCCAGAACCCAUUUUGCUCAUGAAGAGUGCAAGAACAAGCUGCUGGUCUAAAAAGGCAGAAUAUGGACUUUAUUCCAUCUACCAAGGUGGUGUGUUUCAGCUGAAAAGAGAGGACAGGAUUUUUGUCUCUGUCAGUAAUGGUGACAUAGUUGACAUGGACAAAGAAGCAAGUUUUUUUGGAGCCUUUAUGAUCGGUUAAAAGAUGAAAGUCAUGCUCCGAAGGAGCCAGUUUUCCUAGUCAGGACCAGCUUAAAAUUCUAUAAAACGGGGGAUAAUAAGCAAACACUGUAGCAAUACCGGCAAUACCAGACUCCCCUUUCUCAGCUCACUCAGCGCGAGGUCCGACCGUGCCGAAUACUCUCCCGCCAGCCGGGAAGGAGCAGCAGCAGCUGGCUGCAGCUGCGGAGGGCGAUGCUUUGUGCAGGCACGGGCACCGCGGCUGGCUGCCCAGCCAGGCUGGGGGCGUGCGAGGAUUUCACACGCCACCGAUGAUACCUUCGGCCAGAACCCCAGGCAGGUAAGCGCUCGCUGCCACCUCCGCAGAGAUGCCCCGUGCCGGCUCAGCCGCAGCAGGUGGGACGGAGGAUGCUCCAGGUCCGGUUACUCGAGGCUGAGACUGGACAGCAAAUUUUAUUCGUGGUCUCCAUUGGGACCCCAUCUCGAAUAUCUCAGCUCCUGUAAGGAGCCUUUGCAAGUACUGCUUCUCGGAUGCCCAUGGAAUUACUCUGGAAGUUUUUCUUUGAACCUGAGUUUUACACAAGUUGAAAGGCCGUCAGAAACUCAAACUGCACAUCUUCAUCUCAUCUAACAAAGCACUUAAGCACCUAAUUAAUUUUAAGCACACGAACAGUCUGACUAAAUCAGGGUAUUUACAUGCUUGAAAUUAAUUAUGUGCUUAAGCAUUUUUCAGGAUCAUGGCUUGAGUAAACACAUUAGUCUGUCUUAAUCAGGAUAUUGUACAUAAAACCAGCUGCUGAAAUGGCACAGAAGAGGUUUUGAAAUCAAUCAGUAUUUUUAUCAGCACAUUAUGGUAGUGCCUAUUUACUUAAUUGCUGUGCUGCAAAGAUUUCACCAGGCUUCCAAUAGGUUCAGUAACGUAGUUGCUGUUACACUUGCUGACAGCAAGUACUUCAUCCAGAAAAAAGGUGUUUUUCUGUAAGUACUGAAUUCUAUUAGACAUUUGCCACAAAUUAAGCGUGACAUGGUUCUUCCAUGUUUAUUGGUACUGGCCUGUAUUUGGUAGGAUGUAAUGCAGAAUAACACACCCCGAUGACUAAUAUUUUAAGGAAAAUAGACACAACUAUCUGUACUUAAACAAGGGCUGCAUAUUUAGGUAAUGCUGUUUUGAUUUAUUUUUAGGAAUGGGUGGAAAAAUUUCAUAAUUUUUUUUAAACCAUAUUUUUUUUUAAAAAACUGGCCACUAUAUUUUUUAAGUGUAUGAGUAGGACUAUUUUGUAUUAAAAAAAAAAGGGGAAAAGCUGUGUGGGCUAGAUCCACAGCAAAAGUCAGGUAGCAUAAAUCGGCACAUCCGCAGCAUUGUCAGUGGAGCGAUACCAGUUUGCACCAUGAAUGCAUUUUGGCCUGGUUCAGAGAAAACAGUGGGGAAAAGAAGGUGAAAGCGAAAAAAAAUUGGAGGGAAAGGAAGACAGUUGUUCUGCAAAUGUUAGUUUACAUCAGCAGAAUGAUGCCAGGAGAAAGUCUGGUGGUCUAUUUUUUUAAUGCACUAAGGUUGCCGUGGGAACCCUCACGUUCACCUCCACAUUCUGGUAAUUAAAUCCCUGUGCAGCCCUUGCAUAUGAGCCUCACGAGUAAAUGUGCAUCGUUCAUCUUACUACUUUGUCAACAAGAGGCAAUGAAUAGACACAAGCCCCUGCAUUUAUUUUGUCAUUCAGAAAAGCAGGUAUGUUGGCUCACUGAAAUACCUGUGUUUGAGCAGCAAGAGAAGAAUUUCAGGAAUACCCUCCUUUUGACAGGUUAGGGCAAAGAAACACACUGCCGUAAGCCUAAAAUGAUGAGUUUUAACUUUUGCCUGCUGUUUUAACAUAGCGUCGUGCAUACUGUUUUCAGUGGUAAUCAAAUAUGUGAAAUUCUUCGUCGUUUACUGGAACACUUUGGUUUGCCUCAUUCUCAAAUCAUCUGUUUCAACAGAGAACAGAAAAUAUUUCUACAGUUUUCUUUCUCAUUUCAGUAUUUAAUUCAGAAAUUUUCUGCCUGCCAGAAAAGGCUAGGGAGAACAAAGCCAUCCCCUACAUAUCUGGAUGUCUGCUAUAUUGAAGAAAUGACUUUUGUAGGUUCUCCUUGCAAAUGGAUCGUCCUUUUCGAUCUCAGCACAGGAUUGACCCAUGUUAUCAGGUUGGAGGGGUUUUUUAGCAACUUAUUAUAUGAAAAAGUUAGUUGGGUUUUGGUUUUUUUUUAGAAAUGUUAUUUUAGGAGCUUAUUUGAAAGACAAUUUAUUUGAACUGUGAAAAAGUAUUUCGGAUUUACUGGUGGCAGCUUAGAGUCAGAAACCCUCCCUAUGGCUAAGAACCGAUUUGUGUAACGUAGGAGUCGUGGCUGCUAGAAAGGACUGGAAGGAAACCGUGGGGGACUCCACAAACUUGCAGCUGAUGCUCAGACAAACUGUCUAUUACACACAGAUUUUUUUGCUACAUGUUCUCUCCUCAACUCUCAAUAUAUAACGCCAUGCCGGCUGUCGCUUGGGGAAUGCUCCCUGGCAUUAUCUUCCUUUUUUAUCUAAAUGUACAUAUUCUUGGUCUCUGCAUGCAGAGCAUAUCACAACAGGGAUCACGCCAAAUAAUCAUAUUUUAUGUUUGAAUAAUCCAAAGGCAUGCUUGCCAGAUAUUAUCUUGGGGAGAGAUUAUCAAGCAAUUAUCAGACAGGACACAUUUGAAGAUGAAUGGAAGGAUAUAGCAACUUCUGUUUGUACAUUUGCACCCUGAAUCAUACUUUUCAUCUCACUUCACGUUGAAUGGCGAAUGUAGCAAAUUUUUAUUUGUGGAUGUAGGUUGUGGUAACAUGUAAAUAUUGUAAAUUUUCUACAUGCAUUUUGUAUAAAACAUUUUUAGUAAAUAGUUAUUUAGUCUUGCAGUGA